AUGGACCUCUACCGCUAUCUCGAAUUGGAUUGGUCUUCGUCAGGUCAUUUACACAAAAACCAUUAUAUAUUCGACAUGCCGUGUUUUCGACGAAAAUCAAGUAAGAAAUUAGCUCCUCGUGAUCGUCGAUGCAAGCAGUCAAUUGGAAAAGUUCCCAAUAAGUUAGAGAAUGGUAACUCCUCUGGAAAUGGAAAAUGUACCAGCAGUGCGCUAACGAAAAUAAUCAUGCGUGUAUAA